AUGGUGAGCGACGGGGAAAAGCAGGUGCCCGAAGGCUAUCGCGGCAACCUGACGCCAGACCAUGCGAAGGCAUUUAAGGAUGCGUGGGAGCUGCUUCUGGACAUCUUUCAGCGGAACUGUGAGCGCUCCGACGAGCUCGAAAGGAUGGGCGGCCCCAAGGCCGCCCAGACCGGCCAGGAGGGGUCGGCAAAUACGAGCAGCAAAGAGAACAGCAAGGAGAGCAUAAAGGAGAGCAGCCAGGAGAAUGCCACGUCGCAAGAUAUGAAAGUAUUGGAUGAAGCGGUGGCCAAGUACGGCGGCAGGUACCUGCGCCAGAGUUUCUGGGAUACUGUCAAGAUGGAUGCGCCGGACCAAUUCGUCCUGCGCUUUCUGCGCGCGCGCAAGUUUGACGUGGACCGGUCGGUGGCGAUGCUGGUCGGUUCGAUCCAGUUUCACCUAGAUAUCCAAACCGAAACGAUCCUGUUCAAGGGUGAGGAGGGCCUGAAGGAUGUGCCAGGCUUCCUGAACCAAUUUCGCCGCGGCAUCUCGUACAUCGAGGGCAACACAGACGCGCACGAAUUUCCCAUCUACUUUAUCCAUGUGGCGCGCCACCUGACGAGUGCGCAGAAGCCCGAGACGCUGCAGCAGUUUGUCGUCCUGGCCAUGGAGAAUGUGCGUCUCCUCUGCACGCCCCCCAUCGAGAAGUGCGUGAUUGUGUUUGAUAUGACCGGUUUCGGCCUGAAAAAUAUGGACUGGAACUGUGUUAUGUUCAUCCUCAAGUGCCUCGAGGCAUACUAUCCCGAGUCGCUCCAGCGAAUCUACAUCCACGGUGCGCCGUGGAUCUUUAAGGGCAUCUGGUCGGCACUGCAGCCGCUGAUGGAUCCCGAGGUGCAGGCCAAGAUCCGGUUCAGCAGCAAGGCACAGGAGCUCGAGGAGUAUGUGCCUCGGUCCCGCUUCCGCAAAGGGAUGGGCGGCACGCUCGACUGGGACUGGUCGUACCCGGAGCCGGAGCCCGGUGAGAAUGCGCUGCAGAAAGACACUGAGACGCGUGUCCAGUUGCAGCGCGAGUUCCGUGCGCUGUGUGAGCAGUUCGAGGACGCAACGCAGGCGUGGCUCGGGGGCGACAAGGAGAUGGAAUACCGUCGCGAGGUCCUGACACGCCAGCUGCGCCUCAAGUAUUACCAGAUGGCGCCGUUCGUGCGUGCCGUGACAGUGUACUCGCGUAUCAAGGUGCUCCGCAACGACUUUACGAUCGAGUGGACCUAUCCUCAGCUGGACGGCUCAGUGCAGUCCCAGACGGUCAACGAGCGGCACAAUGCGCCUGCGCUGCUGCAGUGGCUCCGCGAGCACGGUGAGGACACGCUCGAGAACUCGGUUGGUGGCCAAAAGAGCCCGUGCAUGGUGGCUGGCACGGCGUUCGCGCCAGCAGAGGCCACGAAGCACUCGCCGACAGAGGCCACGAAGCGCUCGUCGGCAGAGGCCACGAAGCACUCGCCGACAGAGGCCACGAAGCACUCGCCGACAGAGGCCACGAAGCACUCGCCGACAGAGGCGACGUCGCCCCCUACGGCGGCGGGCGCGGCAGCUGGUGGCACAACGGGUCAAUCGCCAGCCGUCCCACGGAAACAGCGGCGCAAGCCCGUGCCGCAGCUCGACGAGGCCACACUGGCUUCGCGGGGCGAGCGUGGUUCCGACUCUGCCGCGUCUACGCCGCAGCGUAGCAGUGCGGUGGAAGCCACGUCGCCAGCCGCGGAGGACGAGGCGGCUACGCGCGCGCGCGCUGUGCCACCGACGCCGGCUGCCGACGACCUGGAUGGUUUCGCGUCGGCGGAAGAGUUUGCGGGCGACGACGUGGAGGUCGAGGAGGAGCGCUAUGCGGCGCCGGCGGCGUGGACGGACAACUUGGAUCUGGACGACGAGGAGCGUUCCCUGCUGGCCGAGGAUGGCGAGCUGCCGAUGAUACCGGAGACGGUCGUGACGCCGCACUACAUCCCCGCGAAAGUUGCGCCGCACGACUGCCAGCUGAGCGAGAGUGCGCUGCUGGAGGACCUGGAGACGGCGCACGAGGCGAUGCAGCUCUUCCUCAACUCGCAGAUGCGCGAGGCGGAGGAGCUGUGCCGCGAAGGUGCCGGGACGCGUCUGUACUGUGCGGCGGGCAUGUCGAUGGUCAAUGUGGUCAAGAGUCUGAUGACGUUCGAGCCCGAGGACAUGCAGGUCGCGAUGGAGUGCUGCCAGCACACGAAGCGGAUCGCCGCGUGCCUGCGCAAGAAGAAGAGUCGGCUGUCGACGGUGCUGCCGCAGGCGAAGAGCGCGAUCUCAGAGUACUCGCUCGUGCAGCAGCACGCCGAGCUCGUGUACGCCGAGUCGAUUCUGUGCAAGUCGAUCCUUGGCAUCCUGUAUGCGGGCGACACGAUUGGGCUUGUGCGCGAGGCGAUGAACCUGCGCACGGCGUAUGUGGUCCUGCGCGAGCUCCUGCGCAUGCUCGAGGCCGCGGACGAGGCGGUCGAGCAGGCGAACCGCGACGGGCGGCCGUCGACGAAGGCGGCCGACCAGGACCUGCGCUCGGGCGUGUACUUCGGCAUGGGGUGCUGCAUGCUUGUCCUGUCGCUGCUCGAGCCGCGCAUGCUCCGGUUCAUGGAGGGCGUCGGGUUCGCGGCCGAUCGGCGGCAGGCACUGCGCCUGUUCGAGCGGGCCGGCGGCUGGACGCGCGACGAGGUCGAGCCGCGCAUCGGGGUGCCGCAGGAGGGUAUGCGGCGCCCCCUGUGCGACCUGGCGCUGCUGCUAUACCACCUGGUGAUCCCCACGAGCGUGCCGCUGCCGGACGUGGACCUGUCGCAGGCGGACCGCGUGCUGUCGUGGAACCUGCACCGCUUCCCGCAGGGCACCUUUUUCCUGUUCUUUUCGUCGCUGCUGUAUGCGACCCAGGCGCUGCCCGAGAAGGCCGUCGAGUGCUUCCGCACGGCGAUCGAGUCGCAGCGCGAGUACAAGCAGCUGCACCAUCUGUGUUUCUGGCGGCUCUCGCUCACGUACCUGGGCAUGGCCGAGUACGACCGGGCGCUCGCGUGCUUCGACAUGCUGGUGCGCGAGUCCAACUGGUCCAAGGCGAUCUACCAGUAUGCCAAGGCGGCGCUCCUGUACGAGGCGAGCCCGCUGCGCCGCACACAGGCCGCAAUGGCGAUGAAGCAGGUGCCGGCGCUCGCGAAGAAGAUGGCCGGGCGCCAUGUGCCGUUCGAGCGCUUUGUGAUGCGCAAGGCCGCCAAGUUCGAGCGCCAGUCCAUGCUGGGCCUGCCCGCCCUCGAGUUCGUGUACAUGUGGAAUGGCUUCGCGCAGACGCCCGUCGCGACGCUCAUCGCGCAGCACCUGACACACAUCGACCGCGUCAUCGACGAGCUGCUCGCGUACAAGUCGCCGAGCACCUUUGCCGGCGGCGCCAGCGACUACUAUGCGCUGUACUCGCUCGCAUACUUUCUGCGCGGCGUCGCGCUGCGCUACGUGGCCUUCCCGGAGCCGCACACGGUCGUGCGGCCCCCCGUGGGCCAGCAGCUCGACAUGGCCGAGGUCGCCGACGACGCGAGACAGUCGCUGCUCAAGGCGUGCGCGCACGGCGAACACCUCGAUGCGGUCGACCGAUACCUCGUGUACUUUGCGCACUACGAGCUCGGCUCGCUGUACCUCGCGCAGGGCGACCUCGCGCGCGCGCGCCGCGAGCUGGAGCUCGUCGAGUCGCGCCGCCCGCUCGUGCCCCAGGAGAGCAGCCGCCUCAAAAUCCCGCGGGCCUCGUACCCGAUGAGCCACCUCCAAGCGACGGGCCCAGCAAGCUGA